UGUGCAUAUCCGAGAACGAACGGAGGGUGGUUUCGAAGGAAGCCUGGGAGAAACUCAAGCAAUACUUUCCAAAGGCCCCUGAAUUCCCAAACAACAGAGAGUGCUGUUCCCAGUGCAAGGUUCUGGAGCGCGAAGGGGCGGAAAAUGAAGCUCUGCAUAAGAUGAUGGCCAGCGAGCAGAAGACUUCUCUCCAGAACCUGUUCCACGAUAAGUGCAGGCCCUGCCUGGGCAGCUGGCCUCAGGAGACGGAUGAGCUGUAUAUUGUUUCGCAGUUCUUUGUAGAAGAAUGGAGGAAAUUCGUCAGGAGGCCGACGCGGUGCAGCCCGGUGUCCUCGGUAGGCAACAGCGCUCUUCUGUGCCCCCACGGCGGCCUCAUGUUCACCUACGCUUCCAUGACCAAAGAAGACUCCAAACUUAUAGCUCUGAUAUGGCCCAGCGAGUGGGAGAGGAUUCAAAAACUCUUUGUGGUGGAUCACGUCAUCAAAAUCACCCGGGUGCAGGCUGCCGGGGCGGACCCCGAGAGCGCAGUUUACGUCUCCGAGCCCCAGCUCUGUCCGGAGUGCAGAGAGGGGCUGUUGUGCCAACAACAGCGGGACUUGCGUGAGUACACCCAAGCAACCAUCUACAUCCAUAAAGUGGUGGAUAACAAAAAG